AUAAGUGUCCAUGAUAAGACUCUGGUCUUAAUGGGAAAGUUAUUUGUUCAUUCGAUAAAGAUGUUCCAUUCACACUAUCACCUUCUACACAUGACAACAUGUAUUCUAUAGUCACAAAAUCGCUCCUAGAUAGAGAAAAACAGUCCAAAUAUGAUGUAACAAUUGUAGCAAAAGAUGCAGGUGUGCCAUCGUUGUCUUCUGAAAGAAGUAUUAGUAUUAUUGUAUCGGAUGUAAAUGAUAACAAUCCAAAGUUUUCAGCAAGCCCUUACACAUUUUAUGUUACUGAGAAUAACUCUCCGGGAGCUACAGUGUUUUCGGUGGAGGCAUCUGACCUCGACGAAGGAGAUAAUUCUCGUAUUUUUUACAAUAUUUUAAGAAAUGGAAAAGAGAAUAACAACAAUCAUGCAUUCAAUCUCAACAUCAACUCUGAAAACGGAGAUAUAUUGGCUCUGAAAAGUUUCGACUUUGAAACAGUGAAAACGUUCCAGUUCCAAGUUGUGGCCACAGAUUCUGGAACUCCGUCACUAAGCAGCAACGUCACAGUGAACGUGUUCAUUCUGGAUCAGAACGACAACGCUCCAGUCAUCCUGUAUCCAGUCAGCUCCAACGGUUCUGCUGAAGGUGUGGAGGAGAUUCCCCGCAAUGUGAACGCAGCACACUUGGUGACUAAAGUCAGAGCCUAUGACGCUGAUAUAGGAUAUAACGGCUGGUUACUGUUUUCACUGCAGGAAGUGACUGAGCACAGUCUCUUUGCUUUGGACCGCUAUACAGGACAGAUCAGAACACUUCGCUCAUUCACAGAGACAGAUGAGGCUGAGCAGAAACUGGUCAUACUGGUCAAAGACAAUGGAAACGUUUCCCUCUCUGCAACAGCUACUGUCAUUGUCAAAGUUGUGGAGCCCAAAGAGGCUUUUGCUGCUUCUGAUGUUAAAAGUGCAACAAACGAUGAUGAGGAGAGUAAUGUGACUUUUUAUCUCAUGAUAACUUUGGCCUCAGUUUCAGCACUUUUUCUCAUCAGCAUCAUCGUGCUCAUUGCAAUGCAGUGCUCCAAAUCAACAGACUACACUUCCAAAUAUCUACAAGAGACUAAUUAUGACGGGACACUGUGUCACAGCAUCCAGUACAGAGCUGGAGACAAACGCUACAUGUUAGUGGGACCCAGAAUGAGUAUAGGAUCUACUAUAGUCCCGGGCAGCCAUGCUAACACACUAGUGCUCCCUGACAGGAGGAGGACUUCUACUGAGCAGAGGAAACGCUUGAAUUGA